AUGCCAAAUUCAAGCCCAAGACCCCCGAAGACAUCGAAAGUUAUAUCCGCAGAAAUUCCAAACCGUACCAACAAUCUUGAAUUAUUUGAGGCUGUGCAGAAGUAUAUGAUUCACGGACCAUGCGGUGUACUAAAUUUGAAGUCACCAUGUAUGAACAAUGGAAAAUGCUCCAAGUUCUUUCCUAAAGAGUUUAGGACGAGGACCAUUAUUGAUGAAGAAGGUUUUCCUAAAUAUAGAAGAAGAGAGGAUGGCAGGACUGUCAAAAAAGGCAAAACUGUGCUGGAUAAUAGAUAUGUUGUACCAUACAACCCAUUGCUACUCCAAAAAUAUAGAGCUCACAUUAACGUUGAGUACACGUGCCAGACAAGUGCAAUAAAAUAUCUUUUCAAGUAUGUCCAUAAAGGCAACGACAGAGUGACGGCUGAAUUUUACCGAACUUCGGAUUCAAGUAAUCCAUCCCAGGUGAUUGAUGAAAUAAAAAAUUACUAUGACUGCAGAUACAUCUCUGCAUGUGAGGUGGCAUGGCGAUUGUUUGGAUUUGAAGUGCACUAUAGAGAACCUCCAGUUGUGAGGUUGCCAUUCCAUCUUCCGGGUGAGCAAAGCGUAGUGUACAAUGACGGUGAGACAGUACAGGAUGCAAUUGAAAAGGCCGACAUUAAGAAAAACAAGUUUAUAGGUUGGAUGGAGGCUAACCAACUUUAUGCGGCUGGACGAGACAUUACUUAUUCAGAAUAUCCCACCAAAUUUGUUUGGAAAGACGACACAAGAGAAUGGCGCCCUAGAAAACAGGGUUUCUCAAUUGGUAGAAUUUCACAUGUGCCUCCAUCAUGCGGCGAGGACUAUUACUUAAGGAUCCUUCUGAACGUUCAAAAAGGUUGCACGAGUUUUAAAGACAUUCUCACUAUGAAAGAAGUGACCUACAAUACUUUUAAGGAUGCGUGUUGUGCUCUUGGUUUGCUAGAAGAUGACAAAGAAUUUGUAGACACAAUAAAAGAGGCCAGCUUCUGGGGGUCAGGAGAGUAUCUUAGAAGACUGUUUGUGGUGUUGUUGAUGUCUAACAACAUGUCAAAUCCAGAGGUAGUUUGGGAUAAGUGCAAGAGCUUUCAGAUGAUAUUCUCUACAGACAAAGAAGACGCUUAG